UUGAUUAAUUUUUCUGUAUCUACCACAGAAAUACUGAUCCAAAAAGAAUACAGAGAAGUAUGAAAAAGUUUUCUCAACUACUUUUCAAAAAAUAUGAGGAAAACACAAAAAUAUUUUCCGCGAAACAGUCUAAAUUUUGUAAAAUUAGUUGAAGCUUCACAAAUUACAACAAGGGUCAGAGCCCAACACGAUCAUAUUUCUUUUCCAAAAACGCGGCAACGGCUAAUCUAGAAAUCGGAAUUACAAAAAAGAAGAAGCAGUUUUUGAGCAGUUUCCACUUGGACGGUCCUUUGCCGCCAUUCAGUCAAAAUUAAUCAUUACUUCCGCGGGCUGGAGUUGCCGAUGUACACAACUUCCCAAUUUCUCUAAAUGAAGAAAAAGCUGCAAAGUAUCUUCGCUUCUCUAGGCGAUUGCGGUGGGCGGAUGCAUCAUACUCAUAGUUCCACUUCUCAGAUACCUGCACCCUCUGAUAUACAAAACCAAGGUUGGCAUUUUGAUUAUGGUAAUCAAGCUCUGAGAAAUAACAACUGUGGCACCAUGGCUCAUCCUGCUGUCCGAUUGCAUAUUCAAGAUCGUCAUGUGGUGAUGGAGAACGGCAUAGUUCAAAUCACCUUAUCAAAACCUGAGGGUAUUGUUACUGGCAUACGAUACAGUGGCAUUGACAAUUUGCUUGAAAUUCUUAAUCGUGAAUCGAAUAGAGGGUAUUGGGAUCUUUUCUGGAAUCCACCAGGAGGCAAGGGAAUAUUUGAUGUGAUUAGCGGAACAAAUUUUAGGGUAAUUGUGGAAAAUGAGGAACAGAUCGAGAUCUCAUUUACAAGAAUGUGGGAUUCCUCUCUGGAGGGAAAGUAUAUUCCGUUGAACAUAGAUAAAAGGUUUAUAUUGCUCCGUGGUUCCUCAGGCUUUUACUCUUAUGCCAUCUAUGAGCACUUACCAGAGUGGCCAGGUUUUGAACUUGGUGAAACCAGAAUUACUUUCAAACUCAGGAAAGACAAGUUUCAGUACAUGGCAGUAGCAAAUGAUAGGCAAAGACCGAUGCCCUUACCUGAUGACCGUAUGCCAGGAAGAUGUCAAACAUUGGGCUAUCCAGAAGCUGUCCUACUUCUUAAUCCUAAGGAUCCGGUGCUUAAAGGAGAGGUGGAUGACAAGUAUCAAUAUUCAUGUGAAAACAAAGAUAAUCGGGUCCAUGGGUGGAUGUGUUUCAACCCACCUGUGGGGUUUUGGCAAAUUACACCAAGCAAUGAGUUCCGAACUGGUGGGCCCCUUAAACAGAACCUGACUUCACAUGUUGGCCCCACAACCCUUGCUAUGUUUCAUAGCUCACAUUAUGCUGGAAAGGAUCUAGUUCCAAGGUUUAACCCUGGAGAGCAUUGGAAGAAAGUUUUUGGCCCAGUGUUUAUCUAUCUCAAUUCUGUACCACCUGGUUAUGACUCUCGUUUCUUGUGGGAAGAUGCCAAAACUCAGAUGAUGACUGAAGUCCAAAGCUGGCCUUACAGUUUCCCAGCCUCCGAGGAUUUCCAGAAGUCAGAACAACGAGGGAAUAUUUGUGGUAGACUGCUAGUCAAAGAUAGGUAUUUGAACGAGGACUACAUUUUUGCUAGUGGAGCUUCCGUAGGGGUGGCCCCACCAGGUGAUGUUGGAUCAUGGCAGAGAGAAUGCAAGGACUACCAAUUUUGGACCACAGCAGAUGGGAAUGGCUACUUUUCCAUUAGAAAUGUCCGUACGGGCGACUAUAAUCUUUAUGCAUGGGUCCCUGGAUUUAUUGGAGAUUACCGAUGUCAAGCUGUCAUUACCAUAAUCUCAGGUUGUAAUAUUGAUGUGGGUGAUCUUGUAUAUGAACCUCCAAGAGAUGGACCCACAUUGUGGGAAAUUGGCAUCCCUGAUCGUUCUGCUGCAGAGUUUUAUGUUCCCGAUCCAGAACCGAGACAUGUUAAUAAAUUAUUUAUCAAUCAUCCUGACAGGUUUAGACAGUAUGGGUUAUGGAGCAGAUAUGUGGAUUUAUAUCCUGAAGUGGACUUGGUUUAUACAGUUGGGCUUAGUGACUAUAGCAAAGAUUGGUUCUUUGCGCAGGUUGUGAGGAGGAGAGAUGAUGGUACACAUGUAGGUACUACGUGGCAAAUCAAGUUCAAACUUGACAAAAUUGAUCAGAGGAGUAAUUAUAAGUUGCGCGUGGCCCUUGCAUCUGCAACUCUGGCAGAACUGCAGGUUCGCGUCAAUGAUUCAAAAGCCGUACGCCCUUUAUUUACAACGGGCCUAAUUGGGAGAGACAAUUCAAUUGCAAGACAUGGGAUACACGGGCUCUACUGGCUGUACAAUGUGAAUGUGCCAGGUGCUCGGUUAGUUGAAGGGGAGAAUACCAUCUUCUUCACACAACCAAGAUGCACCUGCCCUUUCCAGGGCCUCAUGUAUGACUAUAUUCGUCUCGAAGGUCCAUCCUUAUAAUCCACAAACAUAUCUUCAUAUUUAUGUAAUAAUUAAAAAGGAUCCAAUUUCAUAUGCGGUUUAGGUUGAUGUAUAUUCCUCCAUAAAUAUUUAGGCUACCUAAUGAUGGGAGGAUAUGCUUGUAUUAUAUAUAUGUAUCAACGAUAAUGGAAGGAUGACCUAUAGAUAUUGUAAAUGAUGGAUUUGCUCUUUUUCUUGUUAAUGAUGCGGAUUCUCUUUA